AUGGGCGCCUCGAAGAAGCACCGGGAGCGCGGCAGCAGCAGCGCGGGGCGGCCCCGCGAGCACCGCAAGCACCGGCACCGCGGCGGGGAGCGGCGCGGGAAGCGCAGCCGCUCCCGGGGGGAGCGCGGAGGCUCCGGGGGCGGCUCCGGUUCCUCGAGGCGCGGAGGGGCCGAGGAGGCCGGGAGGAGCGGCCAUGGCCGGGGCGGCUCCGAGAGCGAGCGGAGAGCCAAGAGGGAGAGGAAGGAGGAGCGGGAGGAACCCGCUGCUCCCAAAUCCGCAGCAGGCGAAUCCUCCCUGAGCGUGGAAGAAACCAAUAAGCUCCGGGCCAAACUGGGACUGAAACCACUGGAGACCAGCACGGCCAAGAAAGAGGCAGGCACCAAGGAGGACCCGCUGGCGGCCGAGGUGAUCAAUCCCCUGGCGCUGCGGCAGCGCGAGGAAAUCCGCGAGAAGCUGGCGGCGGCCAAGGAGAAACGGCUGCUGAACCAGAAACUGGGGAAAGUGAAGACGCUGGGGGAGGAGGAGCCCUGGCUGGACGACGCGGCCGCGUGGAUCGAGCGCAGCCGGGCGCUGCAGAGGGAGAAGGAGCUGGCAGAGAAAAGGGCCAAGCUGCUGGAGGAGAUGGACCAGGAGUUCGGGGUCAGCCCCUUGGUGGAGGAGGAGUUCCAGCGGCGCCGGAGGGAGCGUUACAGCGCCCGGGACCUGCAGGGGCUGACGGUGGAGCACGACCCGGCCUCGAUCCCCGAGGGACAAACACUGGUGCUGACCCUGAAGGACAGGGGUGUCCUGGAGGGCGGCGAGGACGUGCUGGAGCAGGUGGCUCUGGCCGCGGCCGCGCGGGCUCAGGAGGAGCAGGAGCUGCGCCGGCGCCGCCCCAACUACGACCCCUACGGAGAGCAGGAGCCGGGGCCCGGCGCGCAGGCACCGGCACUGCUGCCGCAGUACGACGAGCCGGGGCCGCGCCCCUCGUUCCGCCUGGGCCCGGGGGGGACGCAGGACGCGGGGGGGGACCCCCGGCCCGGGCCCCUCCCCCCGCCAGGCCCCGCCCCCCAGAGCCUGGAGCUGCCCCUCCCCCGCCUGGCCAGCGAAUACCUGAGCCCCGAGGAGAUGGCGGUGACGUUCCGCAAGACGCGGCGCCGCGUGCGGAAGCUGCGCAGGAAGGAGAAGCCCCUGAGGGCCGACGACCUCCUGGCCACGGCCCCGGGGGACACGCAGGGCGACUUCGGCUCCAGGUCGCGGGGCCGGGGCCGGCGGGUGCAGGAGGAUGAGGAGGGGCCCGGGGGGGACCCCGAGAACGGCCCCGACCCCCCCGAGGGGACCCCCCAGGCCCCGCUGCCCUCGGACGACACCCGCACGGAGAACAUGGACAUCAGCAGCGACGACGAAGCCGCCCCCCCCGGGACGCCCCCGGCCCUGGAGGAGGACGAGGCUGAGCAGGAGCUGCAGCAGCAGCUGGAGCGGGGCCGGCGCCUGCGGCAGCUGCGGGAGCUGCGCGAGGGAGGGGGAGAGAAGGUGCUGGAGCUGCUCCGGGGGGGCUCCGGGGGGCUCCCGGGGGGGCCGGACCCGCGGGCGGGGGGCAGCAUCGUCUUCAACGCCACCUCGGAGUUCUGCCGGACACUGGGCGAGAUCCCGACCUACGGGCUGGCCGGGAACCGCGAGGAGCAGGACGAGCUCAUGGCCCUGGAGCGGGCCGGGCGCCCGGCGUCGCCCCCGGAGCCGCCGGACUCGGAGGGAGAGGAGAACGUGGGCUGGAGCAGCGUGAACCUGGCCGAGGAGCGGCAGCACCAGGACUUCUCAGCCUCGUCCACCACGAUCCUGGACGAGGAGCCCAUCGUGAACCGGGGCCUGGCGGCGGCGCUGCUGCUCUGCCAGAACAAAGGGCUGUUGGAGACCACGGUGCAGAAGGUGGCGCGAGUGAAGGCCCCGAACAAAUCCCUGCCCUCGGCCGUGUACUGCAUCGAGGACAAGAUGGCCAUCGAUGACAAGUACAGCCGCCGGGAGGAGUUCCGGGGUUUCACGCAGGAUUUCAAGGAGAAGGACGGCUACAGACCCGACGUCAAGAUCGAGUACGUGGACGAGACCGGCCGCAAGCUCACCCCCAAAGAGGCGUUCCGGCAGCUCUCCCAUCGCUUCCACGGGAAGGGCUCGGGGAAGAUGAAGACGGAGAGGAGGAUGAAGAAGCUGGAUGAGGAGGCGCUGCUGAAGAAGAUGAGCUCCAGUGACACCCCCCUGGGCACGGUGGCGCUGCUGCAGGAGAAGCAGCGGGCGCAGAAGACGCCGUACAUCGUCCUGAGCGGCUCCGGCAAGAGCAUGAACGCGAACACCAUCACCAAGUGAGGGGACACCUUGGGGACACCUUGGGGACAGCCUGGGACAUCCUGGGGACGUUGCUGGAAACCCUGGGGGCGAUUUUGGGACUCUUGGGGACACCCCUGGGGACACCCCUGUCCCCCUCCCCGCCCCUGGGGACAAUA